UUUCAAUCUAGAAUUCACCACUUGGAAACGAAAAGAUCAACUCUUAUUGAAUUGGCUCCGAUCUUCAAUGACCGAGACAAUUCUUGGAUCUCUGGCUCAAUACAACUCCUCCUUCGAUGCUUGGCGUGCCCUAGAACAAAGAUUUGCCAGUCAAUCCAAGGCUAGAUUGCUUCAAAUUAAAUCUCAGAUCUCGACAAUUAAGAAAUGUAAUCUUUCAAUCACUGAUUACUGUGACAAAGUGAAACUUCUUGUUGAUUCUUUGUCCACGGUUGGUCAUUCUCUUGAUGACAAUGAUCUCAUAAUGCACAUGCUUAAUGGAUUAGGACCUGAGUAGGAUCUUGUGGUUGUUCAUGUCAUAAGUCUUGUGGAUAAUCUUUCGUUAGAAUCUAUCCAAUCUUUAUUACUAACCCAUGAGAGCAGGCUUGAAAGACAUUACUCUGUUGGAGACUCUAAUUCUAACAUUUCAACAAAUCUCAGCAUACAUUAUACUUGCUCCAACACUGGUAAUGGAUAUCGGACAUAUGCCAAUCAAGGUCGUGGCUAUCCCUCCAUCAAUCGUGCUCAGGGUCGUCCCUAUGGUAGAGGAAAUCCAUCCAUUCCACGAUUACUCUGUCAAGUUUGCCACAAAGCAGGGCACAUGGCUGUUGUCUGUCAUUACAGAUUCGACAAAGGGUUUGUCACACCCAAGAUCAAUGAAUCUAAGGUCUUUCUUGCUAAAAUUGAUGACCAAGAAGAUCAACAGGUUUGCUCCAAUUCAACACUACCAGAAUUUGUGGAAGAUUAUGACUGGUAUGCUGACAUAGGUGCAACCAAUCAUAUAGCACAAGGCAUGGAACAUCUUGAAUCUGAAAUUCCAUAUUCAAGAUUUGAUACUCUUGUAGUUAGAAAUGGCAAAAGACUUGCUAUCAGUCAUAUUGGAACAAAAUCACAGGGAGAGUGCUACUUAAGGGGAGGCUUAAAAAUGAUCUAUACAUGUUGUCUCACAGUUCUUUCCUUCUAAGGUCCAGCUUGAGUGUCAUCUUGUCACCAAGCAAUCCAAGUUUGAGUCAAAUUCUACUUUUUCCUCUGUAAACAAUCAAGAGUCUGUAAACAAUUCUCUUUCUCUUUCAUCUCAACGUAAUAAGAGUACUGCUAAUACAACUUCUCCACCUUGUAUUGUUAUUCCAAUUGAUAAAAAUGAUGUUUGCA